GUGUGUUGGUGUUGUAGUUGAUCGACAGUCGAGAAACGGACCAAAUCCUGCAUCUUCAUUUGGAACACUACCACGAGAGCGACUUAACACGCAUAAACCACUGCAGCCCAAUCUGUCCGUGAGCAGCCCCAAUCUCAACGAAUUGGAUGUCAUAUGCACUAAGAAAAUUGGGACUCUACAACGAAAAGAUGCUAUCCGCAAGAAACGGCAAGUUAUGGUGCACAACGACAACGAGCAUGAACGUGGUGUACAAUUUCCGGACUCUGAUGGUUUGUUCGUUGUUCGUUUGUAUUUAUUUGCACGUUCCUUCCACCUGAGACUUCUGUAUUUUCUCUAUAAAGCUUCCUGCAGUCUUUGUGUCGUUUAG